GGGUGCUGGGUGAAUGCCGGCUGGUGCGUUGAAACAAAAGGAAUGUGACUAGCUAGUUCUGCUUCUGAUUAUUCCUCAAGAUCCCUCAGCUCUGAGAGUAUAUGCAAAGCGGGAUCAGGUGAGUGUGACACCUGAGCAGGUAAACAUGGGGACUUGGAAGCCCCGACCCAUUAACUCCUUUCUUAAGUGGUUCGGGGGAUCUUUGAAGCUCUUUAUCUCCUUGCAUUCCACAGCAGUCGCUGACACCAGAAAUGCCACCCGAAAAAGCGAGAAGAGAGGCUUGGAAGAAACAGGCCCAGCUCUGCAAGUGACCAGCUGGGCUGUCAGUGCAAAGUCCGGGGUGCAGCUGGUGACGGAGCCUAUUCAUACGCCCUUGUUUUCUCUUUCUGCCCCACAAGGAACAGAAAGUCCUGUCAGGGCACUAGGCGGUGAGAGCGCAAGACACGCCCUCACAAUCCAGAACACACAGAUACUGUACACACACACAGACAGGAGAAGGAAGUAACACAUCAUCACACAUAAUUAACUGAAAGUAAUUCCCUGCCACAGGAUGUGAUGAUGCCAGAGGGCUAGAUAGAGAUGUUUGCUUUUAAGGUCAAGGUAGACUCAGAGGGCGUGAGUCGACUGUUAGUCAUUGCAUGAUGGAGUGCUCCCAUUCUCUCCUUACCUGAUCUUUUUUGACCCCACCAAAACACCCACAUUCACAGCACACAAUUAAAGCACUAUGAUACUGCUUUAAACUGCCAUGGCUUCCCCCAAAGGAUCCUGGGAUCCGUCGUUUGCUGAGAGUUAUUAGGAGAGCCCCCCACCCUAUUCUCCUCUGAGUUCCCACUGAGUUCUAGAGUUAAACCACUCUAGAAACCGGAAUAAGGGAGCUCUGUAGCUCUCCUAACAACUCUCAGCACCCUUAACAAACUACAGCAAACUCCCAGGAUUUUUUGAGGGAAGCCAUGACUCUUUGAAAUUACGUCAUAGUGCUUUUUAAUGGCAUGACUGUGCCCACAGUAAGAGUGGCUGAAAUAAUGAUCUCUUCCCCUCCCCUUGAUUUUUUUAUAUAUAUAUAUAUAUAUAUAUAUAUAUAUAUAUAUAUAUAAGAUCUCUUCCCCUCCCCUUGAUAUAUAUAUAUAUAUAUAUAUAUAUAUAUAUUCUGCGAACCUCCGUGGGUUCCCUUAAGUUUGCAGAAACCUCUUGCACCUCUCUCUUGCGGGUAUUUAAGUAUGAGCACCUGAAAGAUUUGUUAAGAUUAGUAUUAGUAUACAGGUAAACAGGCCAGAUCACACCAUACAUUUAGAGCAGUUAACAUAUUACUUUAAACAACCAUGGCUCCCCUCCAGGAAAACUUGGGAACUGUCGUUUGUUAUGGGUGCUGAGAUUUGUUAGGAGAGCUACAAUUUCCAGAGCUCCCUGUAGAGACGGAUUGAUUCAUAAAUGAAUGAUAAUUGUAGCUCUUUGAGGGGGGAAGUAGAGUCUCCUAACAACUCGGCACCCAUAACAAACUACAGUUCCCAUGAUUCUUUCAGGGAAGCGUAACAGUGCUCUGAAUGUGUCCUGCAGAUGUGGCCUGCUGUCUCUGAGAACAGAUGCUGGAAAAUGACACGUAAGGGCAGGUGGUUGUCUCUCUGUACAACCUACUUGCAAGCUUCCCAGAGAUAUCUGCCUACUGCUUUUGAAAGCAGAAUGAUGGGUGCUUUACGUUUGAUCCCGCAGGCCUCUCCUGUGGAGCCCAAGGAAGUAUUAAGGAAAAGUUGUUCUUAAGACAGUAGCUGGGCAAAGAAAUGGUGGGGAUGGUACAUAUAGAAUAAGUAGAGAAGAAGAACAUACGUUUAGGAACAGUGGAAAAUGUUUAUUGAAUAUAUGGUGGGAAAUUGUGUACACUUGAAAACGUUGGCAGCACUAAGAUAAAUUCAACAGUGUAAAUAAGUUUUGAUGCAUGGAAUAACGGAAUACUGGUUUAGUUUUUGUAAAAUAUGCAGGGGUUUAUGAUGUGCAAAGUGAACUAUGGAAAGAAAAGAAGGGAAGUCAUUGAUACUUGAGUAAAGGUAAAGGUAUCCCUGACCAUUAGGUCCAGUCGCAGACAACUCUGGGGUUGCGGCGCUCAUCUCGCUUUAUUGGCCGAGGGAGCCGGCGUACAGCUUCCGGGUCAUGUGGCCAGCAUGACUAAGCCGCUUCUGGCGAACCAGAGCAGAGCACAGAAAUAUGCCAUUUACCUUCCCACUGGAGCGGUACCUAUUUAUCUACUUGCACCUUGACGUGCUUUCGAACUGCUAGGUUGGCAGGAGCUGGGACCGAGCAACGGGAGCUCACCCUGUCACAGGGAUUCGAACCGCCAACCUUCUGAUUGGCAAGCCCUAGGCUCUGUGGUUUAGACCACAGUGCCACCCACGUCUCUCCAUUGAUAUUUUAAGGAUUUUUAAAUGAUUAUUCUAAACUGUAAAACAAAAAAUUUUAUGAUAGAUAGAUAGAGGAAACGGUGGGGAUGGUAAUAUUAUUUCUCACUCUGACCUGGAGAAACCAGAAACUCAAUGCAGGUUUUGCUUGUGAGCAUGUGCUGAAUGCCUUCCUUUUAUUACACCAACUUGCACCCACCCAUACAGUGCCUCUGAUCACAUGCAGAGUGCUUCAAAGAGGCAUAUUUAAAACAAUCUUUGUUAACGACAAUCCCUUUGGACAUUUGCAGACAUUUCCAAAACCUCAUUCUUUAUUUAAAUCACCACGAUCUUGCAGAAAUUAGAUAAAUCAAUGUCGAAAACGACAUAUGAAUUUUCAGCCUGGUUUCAAUCUUCCUGUCGUGGCACCUGGUCAAAAGAAUGAAAUCCUGGCUAAGCCAGUAAAACCUUGUCUUGCUGUCAACCAGGGAAGGAGCUUUUAACAUGCUCAACACCUGGUCAAAUGAAUUUUAUCUGAUACCACCACAUCGAUUUGGACAGGUCUUGCCCUCUUUCCUUAAAAGGAGCUCAUCUCCUCCGCCUUGAGAACAAAUAGAGUAAAUACAUAUCCAAUUCCACGUAAGGGCAAGAAAUCGACCGGAGACUUCAUUUGCCGCCUUUGAGCAUGCCCAGAAUAUAGGGCGCAUGCUCAGUAGCAUUGAAACUGGAUCCUAGACGGCAUUUCCGCCCUCCUUCAAGUGCCCGUACCGAAUGUCACAUGACUUGUCCAAGAUGGCUGCGCCCAUGUUGGUAAGUGACCUGGUGGAGGUGCAUGGGUUUUUCUUCUUGGCAAUCUUGUCUUGGCCAUGUUAGCAGCGGAGCUGGAAGGACCGGGGGUGGGGAGUCGGAAGCGAGGAAGUGUUUACUUUCACAUGGCCGGCAUGGAGAAGAGAAUGUGCUGUUGUUGCUGCUUUCCAUGUGGGUGCUGGGGAAAUGGAUGUUUUCCCCCCCAAGACUAAUCUCUGCUGUGGCCGGUUGUCACCUUUUCUACGGGCUCUUCGCCCGCGCCGUUAGCAGCAACUUGGCAGACAGAAAUUAAGCAAGGGGCGCUUAUUCCUACUGUUGAAUUUCUCCGCAAGCAAAGCUUCCAUUUGGAGGAGUUUAUCAGCAGCAAGACAUAAAAAAGUGGGAACCGGCAACACUCUUUGCAUCUCCUGGGGGAAGAUGAUGAGUGCUCACAACUACUUUGGUUACCAUGGUUGCCAACUUCUUAUUAUACCAGAGCUGCUGUGCUUUAACAGCUGUGACAAAAGAGAUAAUUUAGUAGCUGGAAACUUUCCCCAUUACUGCAUCUCUCUGCUGGUGAUAGUUUCACCUGUUGCAUUUUUGCCUGACACCUGCUACUGCUAAAAGCACAGGAGCCUUGCUAGGAAGAUGUCAGCAGCACAUUCUCCCAUCCCAGCAGAAAGGGUUCCUUAGCUGAUGCUGCUCUUUCCCUUUCUCUCUCCUUUUGUACAGUCACUCAUGGGGUCAGUUGCUCAUAUAAUAGAGAAAUGUGUGCUCAUAUAAUAGAGAAAUGUAUUUCUGAGUAGCCGAGUUCAUAAGUGUCUAGUCUUUAUUGUGUUUUGGCUAAACCGAAACACCUACAGCUCCCUGGGUUUGCACUUGUUUUCAUUACAGUGGUACCUUGGGUUACAGAUGCUUCAGGUUACAGACUCCGCUAACCCAGAAAUAGUACCUCGGGUUAAGAACUUUGCUUCAGGAUGAGAACAGAAAUUAUGCAGCGGCAGCGGGAGACCCCAUUAGCUAAAGUGGUACCUCAGGUUAAGAACAGUUUCAGGUUAAGAACAGACCUCUGGAAUGAAUUAAGUGCUUAACCCGAGGUACCACUGUAAUGUGGAUUCCAAAAACAGUGUUUGCUGUAUGACCAGCUGGUGGUGCUAUACAUCAACAAAAGAUGCUGCUUCUGUGUUUUGACUAUUCUAUUCUGUACAGCAUUCGUAAUAUGUAAUUUUAUAAUGUUGGGUUGCUGUUUUGCCUGGCAGGGCUCUUGUGCUGUUAGCAACUGCAUGGCAAACAGAAAAUGUGUAGAAGGAGUUUUUGCCUUCACUGUUGUUUCCUUGCCAGGAAACCAGUCACCUGCUGGAUUUCUGACCUUACCCAGGGUUGUGCACUAAUUAAAAGGGUUACAGCUCAGUCCUGGCUAUGUCUACUCCAGUGUAAACCCUGCUGAAUUUAAUGGGGCAUGCUCCCAGGAAAGCACGGUUAGGAUUGCAGCCUAAUCCCAUUUAGCUGAGAGUAAGCCCGGUAGAAUUUAACGGAGCUUGUAUCUGAGUAGACACUGUUAAGCUUGUACUGUGAACAGGAGACUUCCCUUGCUCACUGUGCAAAGUGGCAGCAUGGAGAGCACCUCAGCAGCACAGCAGAGGUCUCACCUCUGCAAAUAUCCAGAGGAAUCUGGUUGCUUGCUGUUAAAAAUAGAACAUUAACCUAGAUCAGGCACCCCCGACCUGCGGCCCUCCAGAUGUUUUGGCCUACAACUUCCAUGAUCCCUUGCUAACAGGACCAGUGGUCAGGGACGAUGGGAAUUGUAGUCCAAAACAUCUGGAAGCCCGAAGGUUGGGGAUGCCUGACCUAGAUGGACUACGCGUUCCGAUCCAGUUGGCUUUCUCUUUUGUUCUUAUGGCUGCAGAAAGUGUGAGAGGUAACUCUGAAACUGCUGCUGUGCCAUUUCCCUCCCGUGAUUCAUAAGGCAACAUCCUAAUUGCUUAACUAGUCUGAGAUUUUUUGAAGCGGAUGCAGCCAGCCUUGCUGCUGUGCCAGAGGGCAACUUGUAAACAGGACUUUUCUUUUCCCUUGCUUGUGAUUGAUUUGGUUGUCAGCUAGACGGGCUGGGAAGAAAUGUGGUCUGUUGGUUUCCCUCUUUAACAUUUCCUUUCCUGUUUCUCUGCUUGAGAGCAAUUGAGCCCUUAAUACAUCUGUUUGGCACCUUGGAUUGCAAAUUCCUUCCUGGGUUUUGUCUCUUAUGAGCAGUGUGUUGUCUGCAGACAUUAGCAGAUGGGGAUGUUCACUUGCCACAAAGUUCUUUUUCUUUUUCUAGUCUGGCCGGUUUAGCAACCCUAGUUUGACAGAUCUGGAUGUAACAGCUCCAGAUCUGAAUCAAUAUGGUGAAACAAUAUGGGCUCACCAGGAGGACCAACUGUUGCUUGUGCAUAUAAAAUGGGAAUUGUGGCAUAUUUCUGUGGGUGGGUGUAGAAGGAGGCAAAGAAAGGAUGGGGGGGGGCAGCAGAUCUAAAUAGACUGGAGACCAGCACAAGAGCCCUGCUGGAUCAUACAAAGAUAUUUAUUUAUUCAUACAUACAUACAUACAUACAUACAUACGUACCCUGCCUUUCCCCCCUGAUGGGACUCAAGGCAGCUUACAUAUAAAAAUAAGAACCACUAAAACAUAAGUGAAAAAAGCCCACUCAUUAAAAAACAGUUGAACAUUGAUAGAAGUAAGCAUAAAUACAUAUAUGUAAUCUCCUGCAGCCAAUCAGAAGCUGCACCUUGGUUUUCGGUUUCAGGAGUCAAACGAACUUCCAGAACAGAUUAAGUUCGAGAACCAAUAUUCCACUGUACAUGGUUAAAAAAGUAGGGAAGAGGCUGUCCAGAUGUUGUUAGACUCCAGCUCCUAUCAGCCCCAGGCAACGUGAGCAAUGGCCAAGGAUGAUGGCAGUGGGGCUGGGUGAUAGAUCAUACCAAAGCGGAUUGAAGUCCAUAUUGUGAUAUCUGUUUCAUAAUAUUUGACCUGGUGAUAUACUGCAAAUCAUGGUGUGUGUGAUAUAGAUCAGUGUGUGUGUGAUAUAUAUCAGUACAGUGGUACCUCGGGUUAAGAACUUAAUUCAUUCUGGAGGUCCGUUCUUAACCUGAAACUGUUCUUAACCUGAAGAACCGCUUCAGCUAAUGGGGCCUCCCACUGCUGCUGCGCCACAGGAGCACGAUUUCUGUUCUCAUCCUGAAGCAAAGUUCUUAACCCGAGGUACUAUUUCUGGGUUAGCAGAGUCUGUAACCUGAAGCGUAUGUAACCCUAGAUACCACUGUAUAUCGCAAUGUUUAGCUGGUGAUAUAUUGCGAUGUUGAAAACCACAUAUCGCCCAGUCCUAGAUGGGAGUUGGAGCCCACCAGCAUAUAUAGAGCAGAAUAUAUAAGUGCCAAAAAUUAUGCGGGAGAGUUAUAUUGCAGAAUGAGUUAACAAGCGGCUGGACCUGGAAAAGUGGAAGAACGGUGGCCUAAAAAGGAUUUAUUGUGUUAAUGUGGGAAAUGGUCACGUUACAUUUCCAACCUCCCGUUGGAGAUGCAAGAAGGAAUGACACAAGGAAACUGCAAUAUUUCGACAAAAUGUGUCUUCCUUUCCAAAUAAAACUCUCUCUCUCUCUCUCCCACCCCUACCCCUGGUUUGUUCUUUCUCCAGUUCCAACACAGCAGAGGCUUCAUCUUAUUAUGCUACACCAGCCUCCGGUAUAGGAGCAAAUCAACUCUCCCCACUCCAGGUCCCGUGAAAAGCAAGUUUCUCCAGUACCUCUGCGACCGCUUCUAUGACAUCGAAACCAUUGUAGACUUUGGCAAGAGGCUAAGGCUAUGGAACGCACAAAGGAAAAACAGGUAUAUGCCCCUGCCUCGUGUUUUUCAGGAAUGUUUCUGUUGGGAAUCUGAGGUGAGAAACCCACGUGGCAGAAGUUGUCCCCAGUUCCAGUCACCACACAGAGGCAGCUUAAGGUCCAAGACAGUUUACUGCUGCAGAAGAUAAGACUUCAGUAAUACAGUUCUGGGUGCUGAUGUAUAUGUACAGUUUGUAGGCUUUGCAGAUACAGAUACAGGCAACUCCCCACUUACGCACAUUCAAGGCCUAAGGCCUCUCCCGGUAUGCCCCAUUGAGGACCUUAAGGUCCAUAAAUAGCAACACCCUAGAGGUCCCGAGCCCUAAGGAAGUUAGAUUAGCCUCAACCAGAGCCAGGGCCUUUUCAACACUGGCCCCAGCCUGGUGGAAUGCUCUAUCUCAUGAGACCAGGGCCCUGCAGGAUCUGAUUUCUUUCCGCAGGGCCUGCAAGACAGAGUUGUUCCGCCAGGCCUUUGGCUUGGAAUCAAUUUGAUUCCCCGUCUUUCUUUUUUUCUUUCUCCUCCUGUGAUGAGGCUGUGUUUUAAUGUUGUAUUUAACCUUGUUUUUAAGUUGUAUUUCAAUCAACUUGUUUUUAUUAUUGGUUGUUAGCCUUGGCUGGGAAGGGCGGGGUAUAAAUAAAAUUUUAUUAUUAUUAUUAUUAUUAUUAUUAUUAUUAUUAUUAUUAUUAUUAUUAAGGCACGUGUGUGACCACAGAUGUGUGCACCAUUUUCGGCCCCGGAAGGGGGCAGGGUGAAGCGCAUCAUGCCAACACACACGUUGCCUUGGAACACAACCUCUGCGCAAAUUACAGAUAUAUACAAGCACAAAGUAUUUCUGUUGCUCCAGCAAUUAAGGCGUAACAGACUCCAGCUCACAGACAGACUCGCUGACUGACUAAUGAGCUGAUAUGCCUUAAUCACUUAUGGCAAUGGCUCAGUGCUGCCUAUGCAGCAACUGGCUUCGCUGACCUUGCACAUGUUGCCUUACCUCCUACAUGGGGUGGUUUUGCCCAUGAAGAAAAUUAACCCCUUCCUCCAUGUCCAGUUCCUCCAACAGUUUCUAGACCAGAGGUGACCCUCUAGGCAUUGCUGGGCUCCCAGCUCCCACCAGCCCCAGCCAACAUGGGCAAAGGGAAGGGAUGAUGGGAGUUGUAGUCCGACAGCCUGCCUGGGGAUCCUUGGAUCUGUACUGUUUUCACACACUAGCAACACAUCCUGUAGAAUUCUAUCUGUGAUACUUCAGCUGCACAAUCAGAAUGGAUUUCAGGAACCAAAAAGUCAUACUGUAUUGAAAAAAUACGACUCUUGAGCCCUCUGGCCCCAGAAUGCGAACCAAGCGUUCCAUUUUGGUAACUGUAACCCCGGUUUAAGGAGCCAUUUGGCACCUAGCUUAUAAAUAAUAAUAAUUUUUUAUUUACAGUGGUGCCUCGCAAGACGAAAAGAAUCCGUUCCGCGAGUCUCUUCGUCUUGCGGCAACAUGAGCAGAACGCAACCCGCAUCUGCGCAUGCACAGGUCGCGAUUCACCGCUUCUGUGCAUGCGUGUGACAUCAUUUUGCACGUCUGUGCAUGCGCAAGCGGCAAAACCCGGAAGUAACCCUUUCUGGUACUUCCAGGUUGCCGCAGGACGCAACCUGAAAACACGCAACCUGAAGCAAACGUAACAAGAGGUAUGACUGUACAGUGGUACCUCAGGUUAAGUACUUAAUUCGUUCCGGAGGUCCGGACUUAACCUGAAACUGUUCUUAACCUGAAGCACCACUUUAGCUAAUGGGGCCUCCUGCUGCUGCUGCUGCGCCGCCGGAGCACGAUUUCUGUUCUCAUCCUGAAGUAAAGUUCUUAACCUGAAGCACUAUUUCUGGGUUAGCGGAGUGUGUAACCUGAAGUGUAUGUAACCUGAGGUACCACUGUAUAUCAGAUUUUCCAACCUUGCUUACGUCUCAGUGCUGCCCUUGGAGAGCUCAGUGCGGAGGAAGAUGGAGGCAAAGUUGGAAAGGAAAGAGCGAUUGUAAAAUGAGCGUCAUAAAGUGAGCUUCCUACCGUCAGAGUAGCUUUAGACCACGUUUGUUUGUUUUGUUUUAAUGCCCUCCUUUAAUGUGGGAUCGGGUGAACGACAAAGAGCCGGUUACAAGUGAUUUGAAUGACUAACAUGUCCCAACUUGACCCUCAGGUACAACAUCCAGGCGAAGAACUAUUUCGGGGAAAAUAUCGCAGCUGCCGUCUUUGUCCUGGCUUUGAAGGGAAGCAUUAGGUAUGUCAAACGUGCCCCGGCCAAAGCACUGCAUUGUGGGAGUUACCUGAGGAUCUUCUCAGAGACUCUUGAUCCCCUGAGGGCCUCUAUAGAUUCCCUCUUGGUGUUUUCUUUGAUGUUCUUUCCAGUUUUAUAGCCCAAGGCAGCUAGAAUAAAACUGGGAGGGCAGCUUGUUCUGCCAGUUUUCUGUGGGAGCCAUUUUGUUGAUCCCAGUCACUCGUGCAUUUAAAACCACCUCUAGAAAAACCCCUCAGGAAAGGAGAGAGAAAAGGCUUUUAAACAAAUGUAGCUAUUGUUUGCUGAGCUUCUUGUCAUACAAAAAUACAUACAAUGUAUUUCAAAGCAUAGAUAAAAAUACGUUGCCCUUUUUUUGUUGUUCAAUAAAUUUAUCAAUGAAUCAAUUUUAUUUAUUUAUUGAUAGUUAUUCAGAGAUAUACAGAAAUACAUACCCAUUGUAAAGUAUCUUUUUAUAUAAUAUGCUGAGAUAAAACAGAGAUAAAAAAGAGCAAAGUCAGAAAGAAGAAAGUAUAAGAAAAGGAGAAAUCUAAAGAAGAGAAAGCAAGAGAAAAGGAAAAGAAAGAAAAAACUAAUGAAAGAUACAGUAGAAAAAAGGAGUUCUGACUCUCUACAGCUACAUAUGAUUUUUAUUCUUUAAGAUCCAACCAUUCUCUCUUCUAUAAAAUAGUACUUUUUUUCAGUCUUAAAAUCCUACUAUUAGAAGUUCAUUUUCUCUUUCAGGCAGAAAACCCCUAAGAAAUUUUCAAUCCUUAACAAAAGUUAGUAGUGAUUUUUUUCUAAUUAAACAUGUUAGCUUAGCCAUCUCAGCCAAGUCCAAUAAUUUUAUCAGUCAUUCUUCUAUAGUGGGUCUUUCCAUCUUUUCGCGUGUUGUAGUCUCGUCGCAGUAAUCAUAUAUUGGAGUAAUUGUCCAUAAUCCUUUUCUAACUGUAUUUCAGUUAGCCCUAAAAGAAAGAGCUCUGGCUUCAGUUGGAUAUUAACUGGUAAAAAUAUGUUGCAGUAGAAGCGUAUUAGCAUAAAAACACAUGCGAUUAAAAAAAAAUGCACAAAGGAAGCCUCCAUAUCAGUAGCAGAAAAACUUGGCAGCACAGCUAACAGCAAACCCUAUUGCCUAAGGCAGUCAAAGACCUCUGAGAAAAGGUUAAGUUUUUACCUGGUGCUACCUGCCAAGGAGCCAGGUGGAAAUCACUAGGUAGAGCAUGCCUGGAUAGAGUGGGUGGCGCUGUGGUCUAAACCACAGAACCUCUUGGGCUUGCCGAUCAGAAGGUCGGCGGUUCGAAUCCCCGCGACAGGGUGAGCUCCCGUUGCUCGGUACCUGCUUCUGCCAACCUAGCAGUUCGAAAGCACGUCAAAGUGCAAGUAGAUAAAUAGGUACCACUCUGGCGGGAAGGUAAACGGCUUUCCGUGCACUGCUCUGGUUUGCCAGAAGCGGCUUAGUCAUGCUGGCCACAUGACCUGGAAGCUGUACGCCGGCUCCAUUGGCCAAUAAAGCGAGAUGAGCACCGCAACCCCAGAGUCGGCCACGACUGGACCUAACGGUCAGGGGUCCCUUUACCUUUACCUGCCAAGGAGCCAGGUGGAAAUCACUAGGUAGAACAUGCCAUAAUGGGGACCAGAAAAGGCCCUUUUCCCUUGCCAGCAUUCUCUGAGCUUCUCUCAGAGUUAGAACCUGUUAAGCGUCCGAACCUAAGAACGGUCUUACAAAAAACGCCAGCACCCAAAUUCUGUAGAGAGAAAAAGCCAGAUUCUGAAAUGAUGAUGAUGAUGAUGAUGAUGAAGAAGAAGAAGAAGAAGAAGAAGUUAUUUAUAUCCUGCUCUCCCCAGCUGAAGCCGGGCUCAGAGCGGCUAACAACAGUAAAAAUAACACAAUUUACGUACAUAAAAUCACAACCAAUUUAUUGAAAUACAUUGUAAAAUCAAUUCAAUUCUAAAAUCAAUUCAGAGUCAAAUUAAUGGCAACCAUUGGGCUAGAGUUCUAUGUGGAUUACUGAAGGACGGGGUCAGACUGUGCCUUGGCCAAAGGCCUGGUGGAACAGCUCCGUCUUGCAGGCCCUGCGGAAAGAUGUCAAGUCCCGCAGGGCCCUAGUCUCUUGUGACAGAGCGUUCCACCAAGUCGGGGCCACAGCCGAAAAAGCCCUGGCUCUGGUUGAGGCCAGCCUAUCCUCCCUGUGGCCCGGGACCUCCAAGAUGUUUUUGUUUGGAGACCAUAAGGUCCUCCAUGGAACAUACUGCGCUGAGCCCGGGACUGCAGGCAAAAGCGAAAGCCUGCAUUCGCCCCAUAGGACGCACACACAUUUCCCCUUCAUUUUUGGAGGGGAAAAAGUGCGUCCUAUAGGGCGAAAAAUACAGUAAUCCUGCCAAUUUUACACCCCUCGCGCACACACGCCAUCUGCUUCCUGCCUUUUGCUGAAGCUGCCCCGUGAGAGAACCAUCUACAAGAACGGGUUGUGUCAAAUCAACAAAGCAGCAUGGUUUUUGUUUCAGGCUCCGGGGCAAAACGGAAUGGGAGGACCAGAAGGGCGGCUUGGUUUUCCUACAAGACAAAGACACCUGCUUGGAAGGAGCCAACCUCAGUGGCUCCAUCAUCAACUAUGACGGCCUGGAUAAUCUGGGUAAUAAGACGUUGUGCUUUUGAGUGUCCAGAGGGCUUCCAGGUGGCCGGACCUGUGUUGUCCUCGCUGCAGGAAUAGGCAGCUGGAGGCUCUGGGUUCAAAUGUAUCCGUCCUCCUACCCCCACAGCGGUUUCAAGCAGUUGUUAAAUAGUAGGGGGAGGAGACAGGGGGCUGUUAAUGAAAUCUGCAAGCCUCCCCCCACCCGAAUUCCCCAAUUUUAGUUAAAUCCCCCACACCUUCGUAGCCUUCUUUUUAAAAAAAGUGGCUAAAGGGGUCAUCACAGAAGAUAAGGAAUCUGGGCCUCCUCUGUCCCUCUCUCCAAAGACACCCCUUCCCCUUACUGAUCUUACCACUUUCUCCUGGUCCCCAUCUGCACAAUACAUUAAAUGUACUCUUACGCCACUUUAAGCAGCCAUGGUUCCCCCCAAAGAAUUCUGGGAGCUGUAGUUUGUUAAGGGUGCUGAGAGUUGUAAGGAGAUCCCAUUCCCUUCUCAGAGCUACACUUUACAGAGUGGUUUAACAAUCGGUCCCUCUUCUCAGUGAGCUCUGGAAAAGCGCUGCAGGAAGAAGCCUUUCCUUUUUAGCUGUCCUGGAUCUUCAAAAAUGCAGCCGCAGUGUUCUAGUUCUAGUGUGGCAGAGAGACGGAGCAAAACUUUUCCCCUCACACUUUAUCCAGGCCAUGUGUAGUUUUAUAAACUUCGGUUGUGUCACCUCGCCGUUUCUCCAAACUGAGAAGCCCCGGGCACUGCAAACUUUCCUCCUAGGGAAAUUGUUCCAUCCUCCUUGAUCGUUCCCGGUUGCGCUUUUCUGAACCUUUUCCAACUCUGCAAUAUCCUUUUUGAAGUGACACAAUAAAGAGUUGUACAUUGGCAUUAUUUGUCCCGUUUGCACCAGCCCAACCCCUUAGCAAGGCACAAGCAGGGCGAGUUUUUCAGGCGAGGUUGAUCAGAACCACACAUGGUAUUCUAAGUGCAGUUGCAACAUAGGUUUGUAUGAUGGUUGCUGUCUAACAGGAAAAUUCAAUAAUACUAUUAAUAAUUUUAUAAUUAAUACCCUGCUCAAUUGGCUGGGUUUCUCCAGCUACUCUGGGCUGCUUCCAACACAUAGAAACAUAAUAAAACAUCAAAUGUUAAAAAACAUUCCCUGAACAAGGCUGCCUUUGGAUUUCUUCCUAAAGUUUUGUAGUUCUUUAUCUCCUUGACAUCUGAUGGGAGGGCGUUCCACAAGGCGGGUGCCACUACAGAUGCAGCUUCACAUCUUGUAGUGAGGGAACCACCACUCAGAGCUGGACCUCAGUGUCCGGGCUGGACGAUGGGGUGGAGACGCUCCUUCAGGUAUACUGGGCCGAGGUCAUUUAGGGCUUUAAAAGUCAGCACCAACACUUUGAAUUAUGCUCGGAAACAUAUGGGAAGCCAGUGAAGAUCCUUUAGGUCCGGUGUUAUAUGGUCACCAGUCUAACUGCCGCGUUCUGGAUUAGUUGUAGUUUCCAGGUCACCUUCAAAGGUAGCCCCACGUAGAGCGCAUCGCAGUAGUCCAAGUGGGAGAUAACCAGAGCAUGUACCACUCUGGCAAGACAGUGCGCAGGCAGGCAGGGUCUUAUACUAGAUGGAGCUGGUAGACAGCUGCCCUGGACACAGAACUGACCUGCAGUAGCCAGUGAUUUUUUUCUGGUGAUACACAAUCAUAUGGGUGGAGGGGUGGUGUAGAAAAGGAAACGGCAAUGUAUCAUCAAAUAUCUAUCAUGCAUCUGAUAGAAUUGGGUUCUGGGCAACACUUCUCCCCUCCCCCUCACUGCCCCUCCACAUUAAAUUUGUUAGGUGCUACAGUGCUGCUAGGACGUGGGUGGCGCUAUGGGUUAAACCACAGAGCCUAGGACUUGCCGAUCAGAAGGUCGGCGGUUCAAAUCCCCGCGACGGGGUGAACUCCCGUUGCUCAGUCCCUGCUCCUGCCAACCUAGCAGUUCGAAAGCACGUCAAAGUGCAAGUAGAUAAAUAGGUACCGCUCCGGCGGGAAGGUAAACGACGUUUCUGUGCACUGCUCUGGUUCGCCAGAAACGGCUUAGUCCUGCUGGCCACAUGACCCAGAAGCUGUACGCCGGCUCCCUCGGCCAGUAAAGCAAGAUGAGUGCCCCAACCCCGGAGUCGGCCACGACUGGACCUAAUGGUCAGGGGUGCCUUCACCUUUACAGUGCUGCUAUGUUUUUACUUUUAUCUGUAAGCCGCCUUAAGUCCCUCUCAGAGAAGAAGGCAGGAUAUAAAUAAAUACAUCAUCAUAAUAGGGUUGCAGAGUUCUGAUUUGUAUCUCUUUUUAGCACUGAGCACACACCUGUUUGGACCAUGUUACAUGCCGGCAGGCAUUGCACGGGGGUUAGGCUAGAUGCAGAUUGGCCACAGCUAGUUUACAAACCUGCUUUUCCUUCCCGCCCUCCCUCCCGCAGUCAACCAAAGAAACCUGAAGCAGCUGGACCUCAGCAGGUGCCCCUACAUCGACGACUGGAGUCUGAGCCGCCUUCACAACUUUGCAGACACCCUGCAGGAGCUUUCGCUGGCUGGGUGCCCGCAGGUCACAGAGAGGGGGCUGGCCUGCCUCCACCAGCUCGAGUGAGUACCAGUCAGUUGAAGGGGGUCCGAGUCGCGUUGCCUAGCAAGCAGGGGCUAGGAGUCUCCAGGGAACUCUUGCCUGAGAGCAGAAUCCAGAUACAAAGUCAGAGGUCCACUCUAGAGGUCAGGGAAUGCAGACGAUCACAGAGCCCAAGGGUCAAAUGAAAGGUAGGGCCAGGAACCACAGGCGUUGCUUCCAGCACCUGACUGCUGCUGAGAGCUGUGCUUAAGAAGGCUGAAGCCAGCUGGUUCUCAUCAGCGCCUUCUCUUCCGUGUCCUCGAAGGCUGAUCAGCUGCAGGGGGAGUCCCAAUGCAUUCUCUUCCUUCAGGUGUAGCGUUCCCAAAGCAAGGAAGGAUUGGACUCUGAUUAAUAAAAUACACACGAAGCUUGACCAGCAAGACUCUGGGAGGAGUGUGUAAUAAUUCCUCUCCACCCCUCGGCCCAGGUCGUUUUAUUCACAAAAGAACUUUUUACACAGUGUUCCUAAGAACCAAUCAGAUUUCCUCUGAGCAUUUCAAAAACCGCACGUGGGACAAAGUCAGAUCAGAAGAAAUUCUUUUAACUACAAAGAAACGAUUUCCUACUCAAGCAUGCAUAUGUAGUUCAGAGUAAAUAAAAUAGGAAUAAAAGGAGGAAUGCAUUCAGCAAAACCCCAGAGGUCAUAAACAGGAGAGGCAGUAUUUACUAUCUCCUUGUGAACUCUCUUCCUGGCCCUUAAUAUCUAUCUAAAGAUUAAACUACAUCAAAGCUACCUUCUAUCUUUAUGACCCAGGAUGCCUGAUGAACAACUGGCCUGUGUUUUAGAAUGCUUAUACGUCCCUGUCAGGUGUGGAGAAAGCAAAUGGCAGAGGUGGAGAGGCUUGUGGGAUUCGAUCAGAAACCAUUGUCAAUGAAUCAAACCCAGUCAACGCAAUGCUUUCAUCGCGGACACAAUGGCUUGCUUCAUUUUUCAUAAUUCCUCAUAGCAAUCCCAUCUGACCCCCACACUCUGGAUAUUUGCACCCCUACAUUCAGGCUGCAGUUCAACAGGAGAAGCUGACCCCUGGCUCGUGACAGAGGGGCUUGUACUGGCAAAAUUUGUAAAUGCUGGAGGCCAUCACAGCAGCCCCUGAAACCACUUUCCCAAAAAUUCAGACCCAGUGGAUUUGCAGACUUCCUCUGUGCCAGUCUACCGCUGGGGCUGAUGGGAGUUGUAGUGCACCUGGUUGGGGGGCACCUGGUUGGCAAUGGCAGCUCUGUGCUAACCUGCCAGAGAGAGAGCUGUGAAACUUGAAAGCCUUGCCAUCACCUCAUUUGCCUUGCCCGGAGCAAGAAAGAGCAGGUUGUUGUCUAAGUGCUCCAGCAGGCAAUGGCCUGGCUCACAAUAAUCUCAAGAAUCCUUAGUUAAAAUAAACGAUGGCUUGAUGUGCUAGUGCACUGACUUGCAAGCACUUCGCACAAACACACACCCUCUCUCUCUCAUGCACACAAGAACACACUCCUGUUACUGCUGGGAAGCAAGCCAUGGUCUGGUUUGUCAUAAUGCUCAGUCCAGACAUGGUUUGUUUCCCCCACAAAGCAGAAGUGCCACGCCACUAACAAAUCUGGGAUCGAGAGAAACAAGCCACAAGUUAUGAAAAUCCAGUACAGUCAUACUGUAUAAAUAUGCUUCAGGUUGAGCGCUUUCGGGUUGCGCUCCAUGGCGACCCGGAAGUAACGGAGCGUGUUACUUCCGGGUUUCACUGCUCGCGCAUGCGCAGACAGUAAAAAUGAUGUCAUGCGCGGAAGCGAUGAAACGCGUCCCGCGCAUGCGCAGACUCGCUGUCGCAUCUUAUGUUCCAUUCGGGAUGCGAACAGGGCUCCGGAACGGAUCCCAUUCGCAUCCCGAGGUACCACUGUAAUUCAGCCAGCUAGCCCUGGUGAUCAUCUAAUGUUUAUUGGAUGGAUUUCCCCUCUAAAUUGAUUUUUGAUUUUAUUGUUAUUUACGCUUUUUACCGUAUUUUAUGCUGGGGUUUUUUGUAGCAUCAUUUAAGUGUUUUAAAUUUGUUGUUAAGUGCCCUGAGCCUGUUUUCCUGAACCGGGAAGGGCGGGGUAUAAAUAAAAUUAUUAUUAUUAUUAUUAUUAUUAUUAUUAUUAUUAUUAAUUUAUUAUGUUUACAUUCUAUGUGUACUUAAUAUUAUGGAAUAAUACUAUUCAAAAUUUCAAUUAAAUAUGCAUCCUUCCAUUGUUGUAAUAUAUUCAUUCAAUGUUCUUUAAUCCUCCUUCCACAGAGUAAUGGAUUAAAACUGGUACACAUGAAACACACACACACACACACACACACACACACACACACACACUUGUUUUUCAUGUGUACCAGUUUUAAUCCAUUCCUCUGACUUUGUGGAAGCACGUUUGGUGCUGAAACCUUGCAAGGAACACUUCGGAUCCUAGUUGUCUAAAUACUCUCCUGCCUUUAGCUGCUCAGCUCACAUUUGCCCUUGAUCUGAAGAAUGGAGGCAGCAAUGUUUGCUGAAUACCAGUUACCGGAAACCACAGGAGGGAAAGAGGGGUCCUGUGUUCGAGUACUGCUUGGUGGUUUCCCACCGGAGGCCCAGGAUAGCCCCUGUGAGAAUGGGAGGCUGGACUAGAUGUGCCCCCUGGCCUGAUCCCGCAGGCUCUUCUUACAGAUGGAAAACUAGUGGUCUUCCAGGAGUUGUUGGACUAUGGUUCCCAAGGGUUGCAAAGGAUGAUGGGAGUUGUAGUCCGGAAGCGUUUGGAAGGUUUGCCGGUCCCUGAUCUAAACCAUGUGGACCGAAAGGCGAGGGAAGCACUUUAAAGGUUUUAACCUUUAAACCCCUAUACUGCCUAGGUCCCUCGUACCUACGGGACCGCCUCUCCUGGUAUGUCCCACGGAGGACCUUACGGUCUUCAAACAAAAACAUCUUGGAGAUCCCAGGCCACAGGGAGCUUAGGCUGGCCUCAACCAGAGCCAGGGCUUUUUCGGCCGUGGCCCCAAUCUGGUGGAACGCUCUGUCACAAGAGACUAGGGCCCUGCGGGACUUGACAUCUUUCCACAGGGCCUGCAAGACAGAGAUGUUCCAUCAGGCCUUUGGCCAAGGCACAGCAUGACCCCCUCCUUCUGUAAUCCUCAUAGCACUCUAGCCCAAUGGUUGCCAGUAAUUUGAUUUUGAAUUGAUUUUAGAAUGAAUUGAUUUUAGAAUUCAUUUCAAAUGAUUGAUUGUGAUUUUAUGUGAACUGUGUUGCUUUUAUUGUUGUUGGCUGCUCUGAGCCUGGCUUCGGCUGGGGCGGGCGGGAUAUAAAUAAAAAAAUAUUAUUAUUAUUAUUAUUUAUUAUUAAAGCUGCUAUGAGUCAGGCAGAGACAACUAGGGAAUCAGGACAAUCUGGAAGAGGUUCAGGUCAUGGAGCAUCUUCCUUGAUUUGCAACCCUGAGUCAGGACAGGGUGUGGCCGUUGCAGAUGAGCUGUUCCUUUAGGCUCCCUGCCACCCACAGUGUCGCCAGUUUUCCAAAGGUGAUUUCCCCUUUCGGUUGUUUCGGGCCGGCUGUUCAGGACUGCCCCGUGAUCCUGAAUAGCAGGAACUUCAGGAGCCAGAAAAGGAAACGUUUCUCCCCACAACCUGCCAUUAGCUUAUGGAAUUCCCUGCCACUAAAAUUCCACCAGCUUGGGUAUUUGUUUAUUCAUUUAUUUUUAAAAGGAUUAAGCAACGUUUAUGGAGCAGCCAAGCUGCCGAGGGCUGUUAGCCAUCACAGCUAAAUGGAACCUCCACGUUCAGAGGCACUGUAUCUUCGCAACCUUCAUAAUUCUCUGUUUUAGUAAUACUCCAGAAAGCUAGCCGAUCUGGUUUGUUGAAUUUGUGCGUUGCUCAUAAGUCCCAAAGCGAUUUACAAGGACCAAACAAGUAAUACAGUAGAAAAUACAAAAAACGUAUUUUUAAAGAAUAUAAUCAGAGUAAACACAAAGCAGUCUAAAAAAAAGUGCAUGGGGGUGGAUCAUGUAAGUUAACCUGAAGCCCCGCAGAUUAAAAGCAGGACUAGCUAAAUGAACCUUGGGUUGAUUGGUUAAAUUUGCCUCUAGUAUUUUUUUUAAAAUGGGAGUGGGCAGUUCUUCUUCAGCCCAGUGGACACAUGUCCUUAUGGGUGGUAAAGGUAAAGGGACCCCUGACCAUUAGGUCCAGUCGUGACCGACUCUGGGGUUGCGGUGCUCAUCUUGCUUUACUGGCCGAGGGAGCCGGGGUACAGCUUCCAGGUCAUGUGGCCAGCAUGACUAAGCCGCUUCUGGCGAACCAGACCAGCGCACAGAAACACCGUUUACCUUCCCGCCAGAGCGGUACCUAUUUAUCUACUUGCACUUUGACGUGCUUUCGAACUGCUAGGUUGGCAGGAGCAGGGACCGAGCAACGGGAGCUCACCCCAUCGCGGGGAUUCAAACCGCCAACCUUCCAAUUGGCAAGCCCUAGGCUCUGUGGUUUAACCCACAGCGCCACCCUUAUGGGUGGGGGCAGAGGCACAAAGUGGGCAGGGCAGCAGAUGGGGCUUUCACCUUUGCACAACAGGGCUACAUUCCGGCCAUGUACAAAAUAGACAUUUCUGCAACGCCCCUGUCCAUCCAGCCACAUGAGAGGCACUCGUAGGACUUAUUUCAGCUAAUGAACAUCACCUGAGGAAGAGCGAUGGAGUAGCACUGGUAGAAGACCUGUCACGACCCAGGAAGCAUCUCAAGGGAUUCUGUAUUCAGUCCCUGAGUGUGAGUCCCUAGUUUAGGCUUCUGUUUACGAAAUUUAAAUUUCUCUCCUCACUGCAGAAGGUCCUGAAGUGGCUUCCAACCCAAAUAAAAACACGAUGGCAAUAAAAAUAAUAAUCAAAUAAACUUGUUGAAAUCACACUGAAGUAUAUUCAAGGAUUCAAUGUCAUAAAAGGGUUUAUCCCCGAUAUUACCCCUCUACCUAGCCUACGGUGAACCAGGAAACAAACCAUUCAAUCAUGGUUCAUAACCGUGAACAAUCUUCUGCACCCGUAUUUUGAAAGAAACGACGUCCUUGCAUUGAGACAUGAUGUGUGUGUGUCACGGCUUAGAGGAGGCCUUGCCGUUCUGUCCUAAGAUUACAUUUGCCGUCUUGCAUAAGGGGUAAGAUUAGUUUUCAUAAAGGCUAAAUUAGUAUUUGGCUCAGCUAAUUGGGGGCACUGUUUUACGCAACCAAGAUGCGGUUAACUGAUUGCUGCAACUGAUUAAUUGGCCACACACCAGAGCCCUCAUUAAAAUCCCCCCUGAUUAAUCCAUUAAGGCUUUGGGUGUUUAAUCUACCGUCGAGUGGUGUUGUUGUUGCUGAGUCAUUUAGUCGUGUCCGACUCUUCGUGACCCCCUGGACCAGAGCACGCCAGGCACUCCUGUCUUCCACUGCCUCCCACAGUUUGGUCAAACUCAUGCUGGGAGCUUCGAGAACACUGUCCCACCAUCUCGCCCUCUGUCGUCCCCUUCUCCUUGUGCCCUCCAUCUUUCCCAACACCAGGGUCUUUUCCAGGGAGUCUUCUCUUCUCAUGAGGUGGCCAAAGUACUGGAGCCUCAGCUUCAGGAUCUGUCCUUCCAGUGAGCAUUCAGGGCUGAUUUCCUUCAGAAUGGAUAGGUUUGAUCUUCUUGCAGUCCAUGGGACUCUCAAGAGCAGGCAUCCCCAACCUGUGGCCAUCCAGAUGUUUUGGCCUACAACUCCCAUGAUCCCUAGCUAACAGAACCAGUGGUCAGGGAUGAUGGGAAUUGUAGUCCAAAACAUCUUGGGGAUGCCUGCUCAAGAGUCUCCUCCAGCACCACAAUUCAAAAGCAUCAAUUCUUUGGCGACCAGCCGCCUUUAUGGUCCAGCUCUCACUUCCAUACAUCAGUACAACUCUGCUGAAAUAAUAAUAAUAAUAAUAAUAAUAAUAAUAAUAAUAAUAAUAAAUUUUAUUUAUAUCCCGCCCUCCCCAGCCGAAGCCGAGCUCAGGGCGACUAACAACAAUAAAAUAGUACAUUCUAAAAUCAUUUCAUUAUGAAAUUAAUUCAACUCAAAUUGAUGGCAACCAUUAGGCUAAAGUUCUGUGAAAGGAGGGAGUCAGGGAGAGAGGGAGUCAGGCUGUGCCCUGACCAAAGGCCUGGUGGAACAGCUCUGUCUUGCAGGCCCUGCGGAAAGAUGUCAAGUCCCGCAGGGCCCUAGUCUCUUGUGACAGAGCGUUCCACCAGAUUGGAGCCACAGCCAAAAAAGCCCUGGCUCUAGUUGAGGCCAGCCUAACUUCUCUGUGGCCUGGGACCUUCAGGAUGUUUUUGUUUGAAGACCGUAAGUUCCUCUGUGGGACAUACCAGGAGAGGCGGUCCCAUAGGUACGAGGGUCCUAGGCUGUAUAGGGCUUGAAAGCCAUCCUUGCUUUUUUUUUUUUUUUUUUUUGCUCUCUAUUGGUAAAAAUGUGCAAAGUGAUCAUUGCCACGAGCAUUGCACAUGGGCAGGAGGCAGUGCAAAUGGCUUUAUGAACUCUCCCUCCCUCUUGUCCUUUCAGGAAUCUCAGGUUCUUGGAUGUCUCUGACCUGCCCUCCGUCCGCCACAAAGAACUGGUUCGGAUCCUGCUGGAGGAGAUGCUGCCUCAGUGUCACAUUGUGGGGAUGAACUAUCCCGAGGGGGUGGACCUGCCCUUGGACUCUGACAAACACGGAGGCGAAAUAGAGGAGGAGCACCAGGGAGGUGCUGGAAGCCAGAAAAAGAGAGAAGUCUCCAUUUGAAUGGGGAGGGCCGCGUCUCAGAGACUCUUCCUCCCCACCACCAACCAUGCAAAUCGGAGCGUUCCCCCAAAGGCGCCACAAAGACAACAAAAGACGUGGUUGCUCUAAAGCAGCAAUGGGGAAUCUGUAGAUUUCCAGGUGCUACUUGACUCCAAUUCCCAUCAGCCCCGGCCAGCUUGGUUGGUGUUGAGGCAUGAUAGGACUUGGAGUCCAACAACACAGUUUCCCCACCCUUGUUCUAAAGAAUGCCUGCCCUACGGUUAUUUCACCUUCCCUAUGUUCCUCCACAUAAUAAACAGACCCUCCAUAUUUUGGCAGUGUGUACCUCUGAGCUUUUAUUGUUCCCUUUUUAAAACACAGUGG